CGUGUGGUGCUGAUGCUGCGGAGGAUGCUGCACAUCUUCAGCGUGAACAGCAACAUCAAACUGACUGUCGGGAACACUAUUCCCUGAUUGCCGUCUGGCUGACUUCACAAAGUCUUCCCCAGCAGCAAGGCCAUGACGUCAGCAGCCCAUCGAGAGAAGCUGCGAGAGCUCCCCCUGGUGUCCUUCUUGUGCUCCUGCAUCUUCCAGAAGCCACGCGACGCCAUGUCUGCCAAAAAGGAAGGUGUGGUGGACUUAAACCUGGGCGACAUCCGCCACAUGGAGGUCAUGGAGCUGAACAAGCGUGCGAGCGGCCACGCCUUCCAGGUCAUCCUGAAGCCGCCCACCUUGAACGGCGAGCCGAAGGCGACCACGCCCCCUCGUCACAAAGCCUCUCUGGAAGAGAUCCAACAGAAACUCGAGGCCGCCCACGAGAGGAGAAAGGUCAGAGCCGAACGGACGUCCGUGACGGUUGACACGACGCUGACGUCACGUUUUACCUUCCAGUGUCAGGAGGCGGAGCUUCUGAAGCACCUGGCAGAGAGACGACAGCACGAGCGCGACGUCGCUCACAAAGCUCUCAGCCGAGAACGUCGCCCGGACACGAAGCAGCAGGAGGUGAGGUGAUGGCUGACGUCCGGGUGAAGUCUCGUCAGCAUCCGGGUGAAGUCUCGUCAGCAUCCGGGUGAAGGAUUUCAUCGGCUCGUCUCUUUCGACGUCCGGUCUCGAAUGUGACUUCGAAAGGAGCACGAGGCUCUGAGAGCGCGGCAGAGCUGCUGCAGAUCACGUGACAUUGAUCAACUUUGUUUCCAUGGCUACGGUUUUUCUGCGCGCGUCGACGCUGUUGGGACAUGAAAACACGCAAGAGACAGCAAAGAUUUUCCCUUUUGUGUGGAAAUAAAGACGUCAAGA